CUCCAGCCAUUGGUGUCUGUGUCAUUACUAAUAGAGACUUGUAAACACUCGUUAAUCACGUAAGGCCGCCGGCCUGGGGCUCCGCACGCCAGCCUGUGGCGGGUCUUCCCCGCCUCUGCAGCCUAGUGGGAAGGAGGUGGGAGGAAAGAAGGAAGAAAGAGAGGGAGGGAGGGAGAGAGGGAGGAGGCAGGUCAGAGGGAGGGACCGCCUCGGAGGCAGAAGCGCUGCGAGGAGCCUGCAGAGCACCGCGGGCUGAGGCGCAGCCAUCCGCCGCUCCUCCAGCCCCAGUAUCCCAUCCUCUUCGCGCACCCCCCGCCCCCACAGCUUCCAGCGUUGGUCCCCAGGCAGCAUGGUGAGGUCUGGUCUCGGUCCCUCGCCACCAUGUACGUGAGCUACCUCCUGGACAAGGACGUGAGCAUGUAUCCCAGCUCCGUGCGCCAUUCUGGCGGCCUCAACCUGGCGCCGCAGAACUUCGUCAGCCCCCCGCAGUACCCGGACUAUGGUGGUUACCACGUGGCGGCCGCGGCUGCGGCGGCUGCGAACUUGGACAGCGCGCAGUCCCCGGGGCCGUCUUGGCCGGCUGCGUACGGCGCCCCGCUCCGAGAGGACUGGAACGGCUAUGCGCCUGGGGGCGCAGCAGCCGCAGCCAACGCGGUGGCCCACGGCCUCAACGGGGGUUCCCCGGCCGCCGCCAUGGGUUACAGCAGCCCAGCCGACUACCACCCGCACCACCACCCGCAUCACCAUCCGCACCACCCGGCAGCUGCACCUUCCUGCGCUUCUGGGUUGCUGCAGACGCUCAACCCCGGCCCUCCUGGGCCAGCCGCCACUGCCGCCGCAGAGCAGCUGUCGCCCAGCGGCCAGCGGCGGAACCUGUGCGAGUGGAUGCGGAAGCCAGCGCAGCCGUCCCUCGGGAGCCAAGUGAAAACCAGGACGAAAGACAAAUACCGAGUAGUGUACACUGACCACCAGCGGCUGGAGCUGGAGAAGGAGUUUCACUACAGUCGCUACAUCACCAUUCGGAGGAAGGCUGAGCUGGCUGCGACGCUGGGGCUCUCUGAGAGGCAGGUUAAAAUUUGGUUUCAGAACCGCAGAGCAAAGGAAAGGAAAAUCAACAAGAAGAAAUUGCAGCAACAGCAGCAGCAGCAGCCCCCACCACCUCCACCACAGCCUCCCCAGCCGCAGCCAGGUCCUCUGAGAAGUGUCCCGGAGCCCCUCAGUCCCGUAUCCUCCCUGCAAGGCUCGGUGUCUGGUUCUGUCCCUGGAGUUCUGGGGCCAGCUGGGGGUGUGUUAAACCCCACUGUCACCCAGUGACCCCCAGUGGUCUGCAGGGCACAGAGCAAUUUCAGCUGAGCCAUGAGGAGCGUGGACUCUCUAGAAUCUUCAGAAGAGACC